AAAAAAAAAAAAAACCUGGGGCAAAUACUAGGGGUACAAAAUUAGGCCCUUCUUUUUUCUGUAACUUUUGCGGGAUGAAAACUGAAUCUGAAAAUGUCCAAAGUCAAAGGAGGCACUGUAAGGCUUUCAUUUUCAUGCGCUAAUGUUAUCCAAAAAAUAUUUUUCAAAAAGUUAGACCCAAUGGAAAUACCAAAACAUAGACCAACAUAUGAAUCUUCGGCAGCAGUAGCAGCAAAGAAAAGUAAAGCAUACGAAGGUAAACAGAGCCACCCUCUUCAUGGCAACGAACAGUAAAAGCACUCGAAUCAAAGAGUCUCAUUGUUCUUUUUACUACCAAGGAAAGCCCGUCGAUCAAGUCAGCAACAAGCAGUACCAGGCUAUUUGAGAUCAACGGCUUCUGCUGCUCAUAAAUACAGUUCAAAACGAAUGUCUACAGAUCCGUCAUCUUUAUCGUCGACGCGGGAUGGGAAGCGUCAAAAACUACACGAUGGCCUUUCCCAACAACUCGCCAGCAACAAAAAGUUAUCCAGUUACCAUACACAUAGUAACUACGAUAGCAGGCUAUCUAUGUCUCAAGAUCCGCAACAGGACGAUACCGAUGCCGAUAAACAGCUUUACUUGGCCGCCAAAUAUUUACAGUACAAAUACCUUUAUAUCAAAACAGGCAGGCAUGUGGACCAACUCAAAGAAACGACCCAGCACGAGCUGGACAACAUGAGAAAGGCUGUAGAAUUCAAACAAGAACAGGAUCUCAAUCGUUUGGAGGAUAAGAACCAGCUGAUGAAACAUAUCAAUCAUUUGAACAGAGUGAUUGAUACGAUUGAAUAUAAAAUGGAUAUGGAUGAGCAAUUACAGCAAGCACCAGGCGAUGAUCAGAACUAUCUCGUGGAAGAAAAGAGAGAGCUACAGACUAUUUUGGAUGAGAUGAGAGACCUUAGUAUACCCCUUAAAUCAACGCAUGAAGACAUCAAGCUUAUCAUGGAAGUCAGACAAAGCAUCCAAGAUUUCAUUGAGCAAACACAUGAGUAACCUAUCUCUACUUUAAUAUACCACUUGCUAACUAAUUUUCGUUGAAUAAAUGAAAUCGCACGCUGUUCGCUUGAAACUAGCAUCAUUUCCAUUGUUUCUACGAAAAAUUGACGUAUCAUUUAUAAGUAUCCAUCGUUGCUCUGUGCAACAAUAUCAGCCACAGUAAAAUUACAACAGGAUUUAAAAGAGAUUCAGCACGCUAAAUGUUCCAAGCAACGGUCGACAAUAAUAUAUCACAUGCAGUUCAACAAUUGCGGCUUGUACGUCACACGUAUCGUUUGUGAGAGAGCGCUGUAUUUGUUUUGUUCUUCGUCUUUAAACUUCUUGAGGGAUUUCCUUUCACUUUUCCCC